CGUGUGCCGUACUAGUAAACCCUAAAACCUAAACCCCCUCUCUACCCCUCAAUUCUCUCCGUAGCAAUCAAAUCUUUCAAAUUUGAUCCAUUUUUGUUAGAUUUACAAACAAUCCCCGAACGAUUACAUAUUUUCAUUUCUGUAAUCGAAUCGAGUUCCUCUUUCUUCAGUUUCUCUCUUCCAAUGUCUUUUCGAGGCCGAGGCCGAGGGCCGGUUUCGGCCGCGGACGGAUUCGGCGGCGGCGGCGGUUUUAAAUGCCAAGCCGCUUCCCUACAUCCUUUUCCCGGAAGAUGUAACCUUGCCGAGCUUGCCGGAUGUCGGGACUAUGUCAAAAGAGGAAAAACUGUUGAUCGCAUCGAAAUAUCGGUUGGAACAAUUUUGGGUAACUUCUUGUUAUCAUUUGGAACAAAAUGCAUUCCCCAAGAUAGAGAAGUCUGAAGAUGGGAAAAAAGUUGUGAAAGUCGCAGAAUCGAAUGCGGAAGAUGCAGAAAUUGAACGGUAUUCUGAUAGAUUUAAGCAAAAGGUACAUGGAAAACGUGAAGCUCUGGAAUCUUACAUGAAUUUUGGUGCAAGGUUGCAGCGGGUUCCAAAGAAAUUACGGUGGGAUCGAGAUUCAGGUGAUGGGAAGGACUUUUUUGCAAAGCUUGAAGAGGCAGAGGGGAAAGCUAAGGGGAAAGAAGAUCAUUUUAAGAAAGAUGAGGAUGAAGAUGAAGUAGAGGUAGAAGAACAGGGAGAAGAAGAGAGUGAUGAUGGUGAUUAUAAUCAGAAUAUAGAUUUUGAUGAUGACGAUGAUGACUUCAACAUUGAUGAAGGACCAGACGAAGACUUCUUCGGCGGUGAAGAUUAAACAGCGUUCCUCGAAGCCAAAGGCCAAGCAUAUCACAAUGUUCCAGUUACCAGUUAGAUUUGAAUUUUUUUGUCCAAGGCUGGUGCUUGAGCUAAAACAAACUACAGGUUCCAUCGUUCCCAUGACACUGCAGCUGACUGCUGUUUUUCUCUUACCUUUGGACAUCUAUUGUUUUCUCUUGCUUUUAAAUGACAGUUACAUUGCUUAUGCACAUACGCGUUAAUUACAUGAAUAUGUAUUAGAAAACAAUCAAUUACUAAUUAUGUUAUACACAUGGAUCAGAAUUUGGAAGA